AUGACAGUUGAGGCUAAGGUAUUGGAUUUAAGAGUACCAGCUAUAGUAGAUACGGGCUCAAUGAUUAGCAUCAUCCCAGUAGGCAUAUUGGCGAAGGCACAAAAGGAGGGCUACGACGUGGAUAGCUUGGAGGUGCUGUCCGAGGACUCAAUAAUUCCAGUGUUUGAUGCCUCACGGAACCGCAUGGACUUCUUGGGUGCGGUCAAAAUAACGGUCGAGCUGGAGGAAGGCAACAAGGUGGACGUAGCCUUUCACAUUGCGGAUGACAAGGAGGCGGAGAUUCUCCUUGGCACAAAUGCGUUGGGAAAGCUGGGCAUUCAGGUGAUGCUGCCACCUCAAGAACCAACGUUGCAGGCAGAGGCUUCGGAAAGAGUCGUGGUUGCUAGGCGGAUGUACAUACCCCCAUAUGGUAAGGCGUUGGUUUCAGCACGUCACGAAGGUAGUAGUGAUGGGGAGCGCAUUCUAUGGCCAACCAAAGACGGUAUUGCUGCUGGUGUUUUCAAGGUAACAAACCAAGAAGUGAAGGUGCCCAUGAUAAACAACAGUGAGGAACCCAUGAUUCUCAGAGAAGGUGAAGAAAUCGGUCAUUGGGGAACCGAGAAAUGGCGAGAAGGAAUAGAAGAUCUCAGACCACUUAUGAUGGACAGUGGUACGCAUGAGCUAACAGCGGAAGAAAGGAGGAAAGUGUUGCAUGAACAAGUGAGGCAGAGCACGGGAGUAGAUAGGCUUAGUGAGGAAGUCAAGAACGUCUUGGACGAGUUUCCCGAGGCCUUUUCGAUAUGCGAUAGAGAAUUGAGUAAAACGGACAGAGUGAAAAUGGACAUUGACACUGGAGAACACAAGCCGAUCAAGAUGAAGGCAAGACCCGUUCCUUUGGGAGUCCGAAAGAAACUAAAAGAGCUGCUCACUGAUUUGGAAAACAGAAAGAUCAUCGAGAAAAGCAGCUCGGAGUGGGCUUUUCCAAUUGUACUGGUGGAAAAGAAGGAUGGGAGUUUGAGGCUAUGUGUAGACUAUAGAGAGUUGAACAAAAGAAUU